GGAGAAAGUUAACUGGUGAGUUUGACCAACUCUGACUAGAAACGCAGCGUUUCCUUCAUCCAGGCUUUGGACACAAAACUUAGAAGCAGUUUUACUCCGUCUGUUCUGUCUUCAUUUCGCAUAAAUGCCGAAGUCUUCCUCCACGGUUGGGCCUUUGUUUGCCGCCUGCGUCCAUUGCUAGGCGAUGGACGGGCAGCAGAUCCAGGUGAGCGACGAAGAGCCCGAAGUCCUGCGAGAAGAGAGCCGAAGGAGGAGGAGGAGAAAGAAAGCCAUUACGUCGUCGCCCUGCACCUCCAUGGAUCAGAUCUCUGUAGAGUUUGUGCUGCCCACGGUGGCGAGGGGAGGAAACGGCCCCGACUCCCUGCUGCUGGAGGUGGCUGGAAACUGGACCGUAGAACAGGUGAAAGCUCAGGUGUGGCUGAAGGCGGUGACUUUGAACCUCUGUCCUGACUUCUACCAGCAGUUUUCUCCCGACCACUGCAUCCUGCUGUACCAGAAGAAAGGCAACGUUUGUGAGAUCUAUGACAAGCACCAGGUCUUCCAGACUCUGGACUGCAUUCGCUACUGGAGAGCUCUGAAGAAGGACGUGGGUCGGAUCCAGCUGGUUCCCCGUCCCCAGCCCUCGGAGGAGUCCCAGCAGUACCAGAGCUACCUGAACUGCCUGAUCGGCUACGACGUCACUGACGUCAGUAACGUCCACGAUGAUGAGCUGGAGUUCACACGCAGGAAGCUGCUGACGCCGCGACGCAUCGAGCUGUCAGACCGCGACCCAAAGCUUUACUCCAUGGACCCCUGGGUGACACGCAAACCACUGCAUGAGCACCUGCGCACCAAGAUCAACAACAGUCAUAUCUUGGUAGUGAUCCACAUCAGCACAGCCAGCCAGACCAUCAAAGUGUCCAUCGAUGACACACCAACACAGGUGUUGGCGAGCUUUUUUGCUAAGACAGCGAAUAAACGAGUUUUGCUGGGCAUCCCUGAAAACAAAUGUGAGACAGACUUUGUGCUACGUGUGUGUGGCAGGGAGGAGUACCUGUAUGGAGAAAAGCCUCUGCAGAACUUUAACUGGGUCCGUCAGUGCCUGAAGAACGGGGAGGAGAUCCACCUGGUUCUGGAGACUCCACCUGAUCCUGAGCUGGAUCUGGUGCAGAAGGAGGACUGGGCUCAAGUGGAUGACUGCACCGGAGUCGCAGGGACCCAUGAGCAGCUGACCAUUGAUGAGAAAGACCAUGAGCGAGUGUUCACCAUCUCCAUGUGGGACUGUAACAGGAAGUUCAGGGUGAAGGUGCUGGGUAUCGACAUCCCAUCCCUCCCCAAAGUCCCAGAGUUUGUUGUCUUCAUAGAGGCCAGCAUCUUCCACGGCCAGCAGCUUUUAGCCCAGGAGAGAACGACCUCCAAAAGUUUCAAUGAAGAAGUGCUGUGGAACUGCUGGUUGGAGUUUAACAUUAAAAUCAAGGAUCUGCCUAAAGGGGCACGCCUCAACCUCCAGGUGAUCUGUGGGAAACAACCCCAAACAUCAAACUCCAAAGGAGGCUACUAUCAGGAUAACACGGCAGGAACCAGCAGCCUGGAUGGAAAGACCAAGAGUCGUCUCCUGUACUACGUCAACCUGCUCCUGAUCGACCACCGCUCUCUGCUCCGCCAGGGCGAGUUCAUCCUCCACAUGUGGAAGAUGCCAGAGAAGAGUGAGGAGAGCAGCAGCAGCAUCAACGCAGACAAGCUCACCUCGGCCACCAACCCAGACAAAGCCUCCUCCAUGGCCAUCGCCAUCCUGCUGGACAAGUACUGCUACCCAGUGGUGCUGCCCAAGAGCCGGGACGUGGGCCGGGACUACGGGGCUGCAGGAGAGGAAGCAGAGGGAGGGGAGAGAGGUCAGAGAGAGAUGCCCAACCACCUGAAAAAACAGUUUGAGGCCAUUGUGGCUACUGACCCCCUCCAUCCUCUCAGUCCUGAGGACAAAGAGCUGCUGUGGCACUUCAGACACGAGUGUAUGCGAGACCCCAGGGCCUACCCAAAGCUGCUGGGCUCAGUCAGGUGGGGGAAACAGGAAGAUGUUUUGGCUACACAUCGUCUGUUGGAGCGCAGCAGUGCGUGGGACACCAGUGGUCUGGACGUUGGUUUGGCCAUGCAGCUGCUCGACUGCCAUUACUCAGACGCUCAGGUUCGCUCAAUGGCUGUCAGGAAGCUGGAGACGCUGGAAGAUGAUGAUGUGCUCAGGUAUCUUCUUCAGCUCGUACAGGCGGUAAAGUUCGAGCCCUACCAUGACAGCGCUCUGGUCAGGUUCCUGCUGAAGAGAGCUCUGAGGGUGAGCCGAAAGACAUCUAGUAAGCGUAUUGGUCAUUUCCUCUUCUGGUUCCUGCGGAGUGAGAUCGCCCAGUCCAUGCACUACCAGCAGAGGUAUGCCGUCCUGCUGGAGGCCUACCUCAGAGGCUGUGGUGAAAACAUGCUGCAAGACUUCAGGAAACAGGUGGAGAUGACUGAGGCUCUGCAGAAAGUCACCUGUGAGAUCAAGGCCAUGUCUGACGACAAAUAUCACGUCACAGCACAAGUGGUGUUUCAGUUGCGUCAGAAACUGGAGACUCUGCAAGCGUCAGGUCUGCCAGAGAGUUUUAGAGUCCCGUAUGAUCCAGGACUAAGAGCUGGAGUCCUGCUGAUUGAACAGUGCAAAGUGAUGGCGUCGAAGAAGAAGCCGCUGUGGCUGCAGUUCAAAAGGGCCGACCCCACCACUCUGUCCAAAGACCCCAUAGGCAUCAUCUUCAAAGACGGUGAUGACCUCAGACAGGACAUGCUGAUCCUGCAGAUUCUGCUGAUCAUGGAGUCCAUCUGGGAGACUGAAUCCUUGGAUCUCUGUCUGUUGCCGUAUGGCUGCAUCUCCACUGGCAACAGGAUAGGUAUGAUUGAGAUCGUUAAGGACGCCACCACCAUUGCUAACAUCCAGCAGAGUGUUGUCGGAAGCACCGGAGCGUUCAAAGAUGAACUCCUCUGUCAGUGGCUCCGGGACAAGUGUGUCAGCGAGGAGAAGUUCCAGCAGGCUGUGGAGAGGUUCCUGUUCUCCUGUGGUGGAUACUGUGUGGCUACUUAUGUCCUGGGUAUUGGAGAUCGCCACAAUGACAACAUUAUGAUCACUGAAUCUGGGAAUCUCUUCCACAUCGACUUUGGUCACAUCCUGGGGAAUUAUAAGAGCUUCAUGGGAAUCAGUAAGGAGUGGGUUCCCUUCGUGCUCACACCAGACUUCCUGUAUGUCAUGGGAACGUCAGGAAAGAAAAGCAGCCCCCACUUCCAGAAGUUCCAGGAUGUGUGUGUGAAGGCUUAUCUCGCUCUCCGACAUCACACCAACCUGCUCAUCAUCCUGUUCUCCAUGAUGCUGAUGACCGGUAUGCCCCAGCUGACCAGUAAGGAGGAUAUCGAGUACAUCCGCGAGGCACUGACUGUCGGUCGCAGCGAGGACGAUGCUCAGCGCCACCUGCUGGACCAGAUAGAGAUCUGCAGGGAGAAAGGCUGGAUGGUUCAGGUCAACUGGUUUGUUCAUCUGGUGCUGGGGAUCAAGCAGGGUGUAGAGAAACGAUCCACCUAGGAACUCUGAAGACAUAUUCAAGUCAACAACAAAAAUAGACAAGAGUCUUACUAUAGAGUCCACAGGAGACUGUAAAAUCUGAUGACUGUAUAAAAGAUUUUUCUAAGCAUUUUGUAUUUUAGAGCACGUCAGAUACACUCCCUGUCCAAAAAACAGUCGCCACCUGGAUUUAACUAAGCAAAUAGGUAAGAGCCUUCCAUUGGAUAAUUACUGCAGAGAUGAAUACGUUUCAGCUGCAACAACUUAUUUAACCCUAGCUGAUGCAGUGAGGAGCUUCUCAUUUCUUAAACAACCAUGUUGGAAGACAUAUCCUGUGGUCAUGGAAAGGAUGUUAAUCUGUCUCAGAAGGGUCAAAUUAUUGGCCUGCAUCAAGCAAAGAAAACAACUAAGGAGAUUUCUGAAACUACUAAACUCAGGUUAAGAACUGUCCAAUGCAUCAUUAAAACCUGAAGGAUAGUGGUGAACCAUCAUCUUCGGGGAACAAAUGUGGUCGGAACAAACUCUUAGAUGAUCGUAGGAAAUCAACAGUGGAACUCAGGCUAUGUUUAAUAGUGAAAGUUAGAGCAUUUCCACAUGAAGGGAACUCUAAGGAUUGGGACUAAACAGAUGUAGCUCUAAGAAAACCACUGAUUAGUGAGGCUAAAUGGGAAAAAAGGCUUCGGUUUGCUAAGUAGCAUGAAGAUUAGACUCUGGAGCAAUGGAAGAAGGUCAUGUGGUCUGAUGAGUCCAGAUUUACCCUGUUCCAAAGUGAUGGGGGCAUCAGGGUAAGAAGAGAGGCAGAUGAAGUGAUGAACUCAUCAUGACUAGUACCUACCAGCCUGUGGGGGUUUAGGGUUAUGAUCUGGGGUUGGUCAGGUUCAGCAACAUUAUGUUCCCAAAGAAUGAGGUCAGCUGACUACCUGAAUAUACUGAAUGACCAGGUCUGUCCAUCAGUGGAGUUUUUCUUCCCUGAUGGCAUGGACAUGUUCCAAGAUGAUGAUGUCAGGAUUCAUGGGGCUCACAUUGAGAAUGAGUGGAUCAGGGAGCAUGAGAUGGAUUGACCUCCACAGAGACCAGUCCUCAGCCCCAUUGAGAACCUUUGGGAUGUGCUAGAGAAGACUUUGUGCAACGCUCCCAUCAUCAAUAUAAGAUCAUGGCAGAAAAUGAAUGCAACUCUGGACAGAAAUAAAUGCUGUGACAUUGCAGAAGCUUAUCGAAACGAUGCCACAAUGAAUGUGUGUCGUUCUCAGAGCUAAAAGCAGCCCAACGAAAUAUUAGAGUGUGCGACUUUUGUUUUGGACAGGCAGUGUAUUAAGACUUUUUUUUAAGGUUUUUUUUGGGCCUUUUUUGCCUUUAUUGUGGAGGACAGUGGCAAGAGAGACAGGAAAUGUGAGGAGAACAGUGGGGAAAGGACUUGCAGCAGAUGGAUGUGGGUCGGACUCGAACCAUGACCGCUGCAUUGGGAGCUAUAGCCCAUCUUUAUGGGUCACCCACUCAACCUGUUGAGCUACUGGGGCACCUUUAAAGAUAUUUUGAUAAGAAUAAAAAUUACAACUAAAUAACUGUAAGUCUGUCCAUUAAACCAUUCAGUUAAAGUUUGAAAAAAGACUGGAACUACUCAGGGUCUUCGUACGUGCAACUGAAAAUGAAUUACAUUGAAGAUAGUGAGAAUCUUCCCCAUGAUCCUGCAUUUCUACAGACCUGCUACUGAGUCCGAGGUAGCUAUCAGGGCAGAGGUGAAAAUGAACUGAACAUGGCAGCGAUUGCUACCACUGCACUGCACAGACCAAGUCAAACAUCCACACCAAAGCCACACAAAAUAAUAUUUCUAAAAAUGUUCUUUAAUUUGCCUUAAUCAGCAGCAUUAAGACAAUCACAAGUCAACGUUAGUGUCCAGCGUAUUCUCAAAGUCUUAAAGAGUUUCACAUUAAAUGUGAACUGCAGCUUGAAAUGUUGCUGUUUGCUUAAGAGUUACUACUUGAAACAGUAAAUGAUAGAUUCAGGUUAAAAUAACAGCUUCCAUGAAUAAAGAACUGGGGCUCUACACUGUUUGCAUUCAUCCCUUAAAAUAAGGACUAACUACUUUGUGUUUCUGUUUGCCUUUUAAUAGGAGGAAACUCGUCUCUCACAUUUCCCUCACAUGAUUUGCAUUUGAAAAUGUGGUAGAUGUCACACUGGUUGUUAAAUUUUGCUCAAGUGGUGUUGCACUGUGCUUCCACCCCAAGAGGAGCUGUGUGGUGUUUUUAAAAAAAAAAAAACGGUUAGCAAAAUAUUGUAGAUUCUAAAUCUUCCAUCUUCUUGAAUAAUAUUCAGUAAAUUAUGAAUCAGGCUGAUUCUCCUGGUCAGAGAUUUUUAAAAAACAAUGUAAUAUCACUGAAGUGUUCAGGAUGAGAGCUUUAUUAUUUAUAAAUGAACCAUAUUUUAAUUUGCACUAAAGAUACAAAUGUACAACUACUGUAAAGGACAUAAAAGAUCUGCAUGUCUACACUACCAGUCAUAAGUCUGGACACACCUUCUCAUUCAAUGGUUUUUAUUUAUUUUCUACAUUGUAGAUUAAUACUGAAGACAUCAAAACUAUAAAAGAAUACAUGCGGAACAAGAAAAGCACUCAGAGAGCACAGUACUCCGCCAAGGCUGCUCAGUCUUUGUAUCAUUUCUGAUGGAUGAAAUCUUUAAUAAAAAAUAACUUUGCACCGUUAGUCCGUUUUUGAAUAAUGUUGUUAACAGACAGACAGACAGAUUCACAGAAGGACAAACGUACAUCGAUCGUCACUUAACUCCACCGAGCUCCUUGGCGGAGUAAUUAUGUUGUAAACAAAAGAGUGCUAGUCUUCAGUAUUAGUCUACAAUGUAGCAAAUCGUACAAUAAAAAGCAUUGAAUGAGAAGGUGUGUCCAGACUGUUGACUGGUACAUGAUACUACAUUGAACUGUUGGGACUUUGAGCACAUGCUGGUCAGUGCUGUUUUUACUGCUUGUAGAAUUGCAGAACAUUUACACUACUGUUUAAAAGUUUGGGGUCACUUAGAAAUGUCCUGAUUUUUGAAAGAAAAGCUUUUUUCCAAUGAAAAUAACAUUAAGUGAAUGAUAAAUCCAGUCUAGACAUUGUUAAUGUGGUAAAUGACUAUUGUAGCUGGAAACAGCUGAUUUUUAAUGGAAUAUCUCCAUAGGGGUACAGAGGAACAUUUCCAGCAACCAUCACUCCUGUGUUCUAAUGCUACAUUGUGUUAGCUAAUGGUGCUGAAAGGCUAAUUGAUGAUUAGAAAACCCUUGUGCAGUUAUGUUAGCACAUGAAUAAAAGUGUGAGUUUUAUAGAAAACAUGAAAUCGUUUGGGUGACCCCAAACUUUUGAACAGUAGUGUAAAUGUUGUUUUUUUUAAUUUUCUAUCUAAUGAUUCUGAAUAUUUUGGAUUUUAUAGUCAAGAAUUUUAUGACUGAUUUAACAUUUCUAUGUGAGCUUUUUAUGUUGUAAAAAAUGAAAUAAGAGCUGAAUGGAGACUGAGGCGGGUAAAGCACAACUUAGACAUGGAUUCAGGAAUGUGUUGGUUGUGAAUAAAAAGGAAGAGGGUUCACUUUUCUUUACCACAGUUCAUGAGCAUAAAUGAUAUCCAAGUUGAAGACAGAAGCUAUGAGAAGCACCAGAAGUUUGAUAAUCAGUAUAUUUUAUUUGUUUUGUUUGCUUACAAACAGAUUGGAAAGACAGAAACCUUCCAUUUCUUUACAAAGACAAUUUUAUAUGAAGCUUUUUGUGGCUGUAAAUGUCUUCAGUCACUGAUUCUGGACCCAGAAAUGACUGAAGCAUUUAAACUUGUCACGAUAAUUAAAGUCAUGUGCUACAAACACA